GGCAAGACGUGCUUAUAGCAGAGCGAGAUAUUUUUCAUAAAUGCUAUAGAACCCAAGAAAGUUGCCAAGAUGGAUAACUGCGCAUCUAUGGGGGCUGAUCGUCUUUUGAGUGAUGAACAGAUUCAUCAGUUUAUAACUUCCACAGUGCUCCCCCACCAUCGUUCGCUGACCAGAAAUGGACCGGCAAAUCGUCUUUUGAGUGAUGAACAGGUUCAUCAGUUUAUAACGUCCACAGUACUUCCUCACCAUCGCUCGCUGACCAGAAAUGAAUCGCAAGUGUCUGAGGUUUACCCGGAAACGGAAGUUGCCACUAGUAAUUACAGGAGACCGGAAAUUGACACCACGACUCUACCCGUCAAGUCAGGGACAUACAAGGAGGUUGAGCCUAUGAGAAAUCAAUUUUUACCGAUUGUCGUUCAAACGGUUUUACAGAACACCGAACUCGAGCCAACUCGUACAGUUGAGAGAAUGGCGCAACGUUGGGCAAACCAACUGCUGAGCGAUGAACAAAUUCACCAGUUUAUAGAAUCAACAGUGCUUCCUCAUCAUCGAAGACUUACCAACCCUCAUAAAUCGAGUUUCACAACAAAUCUGAAAAAGAGGCCUAUAAAUUGUGAAGAGAAGUUUAACAGACAGUGCGCAGUAGUAACGGGAACUCCCGAGGCAAACAACAUACUCAAGAGGACACAAACGGAGAACACAGUGGUCCCUGGGACAAUACCUGCCCAUCAGAGAGGCCUACAACAAGAAACUCAAAGACAGGCCACAGGGGUCUUAAAAGAAAUUCAUAUACCUAAAACAAACAAUGUCAUACAGAAAAUGCAAGUUCGAACCACCAGGGUCUCUUACGGAGGGUCUGAGAUACUCGGCAUUCCACGGGAAAUCCGAAGGGAGAGCUCCGAGGAAACAUGUAUUCCAUGUAUUCCCGAGAUCGUCAGUGUCCUGCAUGAAAUUCCUGGAGAGGCAAUUUGGGACUCUCCUGAAAUAGUUGAUGUCCAACCAGAAAUGCACGAAGAGGUCGUGGUAGCUUCUCUGAAAGACAUUGAGACAAAGAGAGCACAGUAUAAUGUUGGUGUUCCCCAGAGAGACGACCAGAAGAAGGAAUCAUCGAGUCAUAUUCAGGGUCAAAGUACCAAAGUACUACUGCAGGCUACUGCUAAUGUUAAACAGACACGUCGUAAGCAAAAACGGGCUAAGUGGACUGCGUUAAAAGACAAAGUAAAACAUAAACACAAGGCUCUUGUUAGCUGUAGAAAGAAGGCAAGGAAAAUCUCUAGUCGAGGAAUUGUACGGAAAAGUCACAAGUUCAGUAGAAGGUACAUGAGGAAAAUUCCACAGCGUGUUACAACAUCUGGGAAAAAGACACCAUCCCACAAAAAGGUCCCGUUGCAGAAUGAAGGACAAAAUGGUGAACUUGUGGAAAACGAUGUAAAGACAUUUCUAAAGAAGGUUUCUCAGGACAAACUGAACAUCUCUCCUCGGGAGCCGUCAGAGUCCCAUGCAUCCGAAGAUCCAUCCCCCUGGGACCCAGAGCACACCCCCGUGUCUAUAGACCGGCAUUCCCGCCAUGAUCUCACUGGCUCAGAGCGCUUCCUCCCUUGCCAGGAUUGCUACAUUGACCUUGACCUGUUUCUUUAAUCAAGGUCAAAAAAGCUAAGCGCGGAUUUGAAUAAAUCGAUGUUUUAGUUGUUCUUUACUUCUAACACACUGUUCUUUUUUUAAGAAUAACGUUCUAACGAGUUUUCAGUCUAAACAGUUGAUAGAAAUCUUCUUCUUUUUUUUUUUUAAAAAGGACAUGUUCUGGCAACUUAUCUUA